AUGUACAGUGCAGUACAGGUACUAGCUCUUUACGUACCUAGCACUAGCACUGUACUGCACUGGAAGAUGAGAAGUAUCUUUAUUUCAUCGCUGUUACUUUCACUACUGUUUUAUGAGUGCAUUGGUUCUGUAUAUAAGAUCGAGAGUUCGAGUAUUGGCUCCCUCAAGUGCAAAGUAUUGAGAAACACUCAAACAGGGGAGUCCAGUACAAUUGUAACUGAUUUUGGAGCCCGCGUGGAGGAGCUGAUCUUGAAAUCUUCUAUCAGUGGAAAGUUACGAAGUGUGCUUUUGACUCAUAACAAUAAUGCCGCUGCUAUCAUUGAAAACUCGUGGUGGAAAGGAAUGAUCUUGCUACCAUGGGCAAACAGAAUUGCAAAGGGACAGUACUCGUUUUUCAAUGAAGCGUACCAACUUAAUGUCAACGAGAACAGUACCAACCCCACACAUGUGAAUGCUCUUCAUGGACUUUUGGCAGGAAAAGUGUUCCAGGUGGCCAAUGCAGACGCUACAGACGAAUCAGCAGUACUCGGGGUCAGCUACAGUUUUCCAGGUAACGAAAAAGGUUACCCCUUCAAGCUAACUGUGAUGAUUGAGUAUACACUGGACAAAAAUGGGUUUAAGGUUGGGUUUACAAUUGCUAAUGACAUGGCUACAACUCCAUUGCCAUUCUAUGUGGGCUGGCAUCCCUACUUUGCUUGUGAAGCAUAUAAGGCGUAUGUUACUCUUGACCCAUGUGCGAAAUGGUCACAUGUAGAAAUGAACGAAAAUUUCAAUCCCACUGGAAUCACUAAUACAUUCAAAGGAUUUGAUGGCACAACUCCCAUUGGAGGCACGUCAGCUAAGCCAACAUUUUAUGAUGAUGAGUAUAAGGUUCUAACUUCUCCCAAUGAUUGUCCAAGAAUGGAAACAAAACUCUAUGACCCUGAUAGUAACCAAACUGUUGUCUUAUGGCAAGACAGCAAUUUCAGAUUUGUUCAUGUAUUCACUGGAUCAGCAUCUUUGUUCAAGGAGAAUGCAGUUGCCAUAGAGCCAAUGGGUGGUAUGGCUGAUGCCUACAAUAAUCAUGAUCAUCUCAGUGUCAUUAGUGGUGAUGAAGUAUGGAAAGGAGAAUUCGGUGUGUAUGUUACCUGACGCUUUUUUAGCUACUAUCUGCUUGUCCUAUGCACUUUUCUAUAGUUUUAUGUUGUUGUAUAGGCUUAGCUGUAGCCGGUUUUUUGUCGUAAUUAUUAUUCUAGUGCACACAUUUUGUGUUAUAAUAGUUAUGUAAUUUUGUGAUAAUUAUAAUCGUAACAAUAAUAUUCAAACACCGUGAAUAAAAAAAUCUUCAGACCAUG